UAAUAUUGCUAGUUCAAGCUCAAAUAUUACCACCCUUACCAAAAAUAAAAAAACAUCCGUGGUCACUCCAUAUUUUACAAAAAAACUGGACGAUGAUUCUUUAGUUACUUGCAUUAUUUGCAAAAAUUCAUUUAGCAAAAAAACAGCAACAGGCACAUUACGCAAGCAUCUUGACACACAACAUCCAGGAUGGAGUACAAUUGAGAUUUUUGCACUUACACAAACGGUUUCAACACAAAGUUUGACGGUUGACCAAAAGACACAGUUUAAUAUUAUAUUGGCCAAAUGGAUUGUUUCGGACACCUUACCUUUUUCAAUAGUUGGAAGCAAAGCAUUAAUCACUUUGUUAAAAUUUCUUAAUGCCACUCUUGAAUUACCUUCACAUGAAACUAUCAAGUCGAUCAUACAUAAUUCUUUUAUUUCAAUGAGAGGUGAUGUUUAA